AUGGAAAUACUCAUGCUACGGGCAGACAUCAUGGAGGAUCGAGAAGCUACAAUGGCACGCUUCUUGAACGGACUAAGGCCCGAAAUCGCUGACCAAGUGGAGUUACACCACUAUGUGGAACUUGGGAACUUGGUGGAGAAAGGCAUCAAGAUUGAAAGGAGGAUUAAGAGGGGGGGUUCGACUCGGAGUUAUUCCAAUUUUUCACCAUCUUAUCCCCGAACUACACCACCAAAGAAGAAGGAUAAGGGCCGAGUAAUUCCACUCCUUCAAAACCGAGAUGGAGGUAGUUGUGCUAACGUCACUAGUGCCUUGAUGGUGGAGAAACUAGCACUACCCACUUUACGACGUCCAACACCUUAUUGUUUGCAAUGGUUGAACGAUAGUGGGAAUGUUCGUGUGACCAAGCAAGUCCAAGUACCUUUCCGAAUUAGAAAGUAUGAGGACGUGGUGUUAUGCGACGUGGUUCCUAUGCAAGCAUGUCACAUACUAUUGGGGAGAUCAUGGCAAUUCGACAAGAGAGUUACAUUCGAUGGCAUUACCAAUAAAUACUCCUUCAAGCAAGGCGAGAAGAGGAUUGUGCUUGUGCCACUCAUUCCUAUCCAAGUUCGUGAAGAUCAAGAAAGCUUGAUCAAGGAGAGUGAGCUCGAGAAUGAGAAGAAAAAAAUAGAAAAAGUCGAGAGCUCAAUAGAAAAUGAUAAGGCCGAGAAAAUUGAGAGGAAAAAGACAUAUGAGGCGUUGAUUGUUAUAAGUGAUCUUACUAAUACUCUACCAUCUAGUAUUGUCUCUCUCUUGCAGGAUUAUGAGGAUGUCUUCCCCCAUGAGAUUUCAAAUGGACUACCACCAAUAAGGAAAAUUGAGCAUCAAAUUGACUUGGUUCCAGGCUUUGUUGUGAGUAAACAGGAAAUUAAAGUGGAUGAGAAGAAGGUUAAAGCAAUUCGAGAAUGGCCUACUCCAAGUACGGUGGGUGAGGUACGCAGCUUCCAUGGUCUUGCUAGUUUUUAUAAACGAUUUGUUAAAUAUUUUAGUACCAUUGCUGUACCUCUAACUGCUAUAAUUAAGAAAAAUGAGCCAUUUGUGUGGGGUGAUACUCAAGAACGUGCUUUCCAAAUGCUUAAACAUCAACUCACACAUGCACCACUACUUGUAUUGCCAUGCUUUGACAAGAUGUUUGAAAUAGAGUGUGAUGCAUCUGAGGUGGAUAUUGGAGCUGUCCUAAUGCAAGAAGGCAAACCAAUUACAUACUUUAGUGAAAAACUCAAUGGGGCAGCUUUGAACCAUUCCACUUAUGAUAAGGAGUUAUACUCCUUAACCCGUGCUUUAGAAACUUGGCAAUAUUACUUGAGAUCAAGGGAAUUUGUCAUACACACUGACCAUGAGUCGCUUAUGCACAUUAAGUCACAACACAAGUUGAAUAGACGUCAUGUUAGGUGGAUUACAUUUAUUGAAACCUUCCCUUAUGUGAUUAAGUACAAAGUGGGGAAAACUAAUAUUGUUACUGAUGCAUUAUCACGCUGGUACUCUUUGCUCACUCAACUUGAUGCAAGGUUGUUAGGAUUUGAGUUAGUUAAAGAGUUGUACACCAAUGACCCAAAUUUCUCAGGUAUUUAUGACUCUUGUGGUUCGACAACUCAAGGGAAGCACAUGGAGGUCGCUUGA